UUUCAGUUGUUCAAGAUGCUGGGCCUGUCUGUACAUCAUUUUCGGUUUUCUCCACAAUUCUUCAGCCGUGAAACUGAAAAGGCUGACUACAACACACACGGUACAGACAGUAACUCCCAGAUGACAACUGGAAAAAGGUACCUUCCGCCGUAUUGCUAAAAGAAAAACGGUUCCCAAUGGUGACAUCCUAGAUACGUCCUCAGCCCCGAUAGUUGCUGUUACUGCACAGUGUUACAUUGAUUGUACAAUGAACGCUCAGAAGGUUGACUACUCUCUAUAAUUAUCGAUUGCUUUUGACUGACGCGCUCAGCAUAAGGAAGCCUGAAGAAAUUAUAUUUUUGAAGUAAAAUUUUCUGAACGAAUGAUGGGGAAAAAGAAAGACACUUGGCACGAAAAAGUUAUGCGAGAUGAUGAGUCUGAGAGUCAUGGGUCUCAUAAAAAGAAACAUAAAAAACAUAAGAAACAUAAAAAGAAACAUCAUCAGGAAGACAGUGGUCAUGGCUUUUCCUCCGAAACCAUGGAAUCUGAUUCUGGAACAGCUAAGCCUCAACUGAAGUUAAAAAUUAAGCUUGGUGGGCAGACUUUGGGCACAAAAAGCGUGCCCACUUUUAGUGUUGUUCCCCAAGUAGAACAGUCGCCAUCGCCCCUAAUGGACAUGGAUGAUGAAGAUGAACCAUUAGGGGGAGUUCCUUUAGAACAGUAUAGAGCAUGGCUGGAUGAAGACAGCAAUUUGGAGGCAUCCCCUUUACCAGAUAUGGACUCUGAGAACUUUUUAGUCCGUGAGGAAGAUGAAGAGGAGAAAUGGCUAGAUGCACUGGAAAAGGGAGAAUUGGAUGACAAUGGCGAACUUAAAAAGGAAAUAGAUGAAUCGCUACUGACAGCUAGACAAAAAGCCUUGUUACACAAACAGAGUCAGCCUCUUUUAGAACUGCCUAUGGGCUAUAAGGAGAAGGAGAUGACAGAAGAAAUGAUGAUUAAAAGAGAGGAGCGUGCUCGAAAGAGGCGUCUUCAAGCAGCAAAGAAAGCAGAAGAAAACAAAAAUCAGACUAUUGAACGGCUAACCAAAACUAAUAAAGCUAAAGUGAAAACUCUGAAGGAGAAAAAGGCCAGGCAGUUCCAAAGUCCUAUGGUCAGAUAUGUAAAUACUGUUGAAAAGAUAACUGUUUCAUUCCCCCAAGGGACUCUUUCUCCUCUUCCAAGUUCAAAACUUCCUGUAAGAACACCAUUAGUUUGUGGUGUCAGUGGAUGUUCAAAUUUAAAAAAGUAUUCCUGUUCCAAAACUGGUGUUCCUCUUUGUAGCAUUGAGUGCUACAAACAAAAUCUUUUAAUACAUGGCUUAGCAUAAAUCAAGGAGGUGAAGAUGAACUGACUGUAGCUACAGACAUGCCAUAUGAUGCCUGAGCUGUGGCAUUUGUAGGACUUCAACUCAUGGCAUAUACUAAUCUGCACAUAAGGGGGUCUUAAAUGUAUACACAUACCAGUUAAUGCACCUUCAAAAGAAGUAUGUUUAUGAACCAAAUGUAUUUUUGCGUUUGUAUUAAAUAUCCUUUUCCUUA